CGACGAAAGGAUAGUCGGAGACAGGCGAGGAGACUGGACUAUUGCAACUGCCCGUGUGUGAAUUCAAGUUGUCUACACUGUGGAGUUUCAGAAACGUGGAUUACCACAUGCGCACAUUGUAUUGUGGCUUUCGAUGACAGAGCGCAAUGCAAACCCAUCGGUGAUGAUCGAUAGAAUUAUUUCAGCAGAGAUCCCAGAUGAAUAUGCUGACCCUGUGUAUUACAAUGCAGUUAAAGAAUUGAUGAUCCACGGUCCAUGUGGCCCUAUGAAUGCAUCUGCACCAUGCACAGAAAAAGGCCGGUGCACAAAGCACUUUCCAAAGAGAUUUGUCGUUCGCACGACAAUGGAUAAGCAAGGUUAUCCGAUUUACAGACGCAGAGACAACGGCAGGUAUGUUACUAAGAAUACCCACGAUCUCGAUAAUAGAUAUGUCAUCCCACACAACCGUGGCUUAUUGUUGAAGUAUAGUGCUCACAUUAAUGUCGAGUGGUGUAACCAAACACGGGCAGUUAAGUACUUAUUUAAGUACAUCAAUAAGGGUGACGAUCGGAUAACCGUGGAGUUCUCAG